UGUUGUUAGCGCUGUGACAUAAUGACUUCUGAAACAGAAACAAGACCCGUUUCCAUCGAGAACAAGAUUCCUAUUCAGGACAUCAAGAUCCUCAAGAAGAAGUUGAAUGGCUAUGUCGGCUUUGCCAACUUGCCCAAACAAUGGCACAGAAAGUCGGUGAGAAGAGGGUUUUCAUUGAACAUCAUGGUUGCAGGAGAGAGUGGCUUGGGAAAGGCCACUUUGGUCAAUACUCUUUUCAACAGAGAAAUUAUCAAUCAUGAGAAUGACAUUGACGACGAAGAUAUCUCUGACAAGGACGACAUUUCCGUCAAGAUCAAGUCUACCACCGCUGAAAUCGAAGAAGACGGCGUCAAGUUGUCUUUGAGUGUAGUCACGGCUCCAGGAUUUGGUGAGUCCAUCAACAACGUCGACUCGUGGAAGCCUAUUGUUGACGAAAUCAAUAGCAGAUUCGACUCCUACUUGGAGGCAGAGAGCAGAAUAAACAGAACCACCACCGUCGACAACAGAAUUCAUGCCUUUCUCUACUUCAUUGAGCCUACCGGCCAUUCCUUGAAGUCGUUGGACAUUACAUUAAUGAAACAAGUGCACGAAAAGGUCAACUUGAUACCCAUCAUUGCCAAGUCUGAUACCUUGACAGAAGAAGAAAUUGCCGCUUUCAAGGGCAGAAUCUUGGACGACAUCAAGGCACAGGGAAUCAAGACUUUUUCUCCUUCGGACUACGAGAAUGAUGAUGAAGAAACUGUGUUGAACACCAGACAGAUAUUACAGAAGUUCCCCUUCGCUGUGGUGGGCUCCACUAAAGAAGUCACCACUGCGGACGGAAGACAGGUCAGAGGCAGAAAGUACCCAUGGGGUGUAAUUGAAGUAGAUAACGAAGACCACAACGAUUUCAUACAAUUGCGUCAGUUGUUGGUCAGAAACUUCUUAGAAGAGUUGAAGGAGCAGACGUCCAACAACUUGUACGAGAACUACAGAUCCGAGAAGUUGAAGAAGAUGGGUAUCGAACAAGACAACUCUGUUUUCAGAGAAUUCGAUCCCUUAACUAGACAAGAAGAGGAAAGAGCAUUGCACGAAGCCAAGUUGGCCAAGAUGGAGGCCGAAAUGAAGGCCGUUUUCCAACAGAAGGUCUCAGAAAAGGAAAAGAAGUUGCAGAGAUCCGAAGCUGAUCUUUUCUCCAGACACAAGGAGAUGAAGGACAAGUUAACCAAGCAGAUCAAGUUAUUGGAAGACAAGAAAGUACAAUUGGAAAAGCAAAAGACGUUGCCCCAAGAUCCACCAGCCCCAGCCCCACAGAAGAGCCGUAAGGGAUUCUUGCGUUAGGGUACUACGCCUUUGUGACUUUUACUUUUCGAUGCCACUUUCAAAUGCGUUUGCUAGUGUGAUCUCUAUUUCUAACCAUUUACUUUCUCUGAAUAUAUUGGUAUAAAUUCGGUAAUAAACAAGUGUAGAAGAAUAAUUUAAUAAUGCC